AUGGUAGAUGCUUUGGAAGAUGAAUACGGCAGUCCAUCUUUGUCUCUGAAUUUUGUAGAUACACCGGAUGGAGAUUCCUCCUUACUUCAUGGAGCUACUCAGGAUUCACAGUUUGAAUUUGAUCAGCAAUUCACACUUCCCUCACAGGGCUGGACUGGUACUCUUCCUGAAGUUGGUGCUGACCCAUCGCAGGAAUUAGUAUUUGUAGACGAGGAAGAAUUUCCUGUGCCAGGUCAAUUACCAGCACAUGCGUGCAGAUAUUGCGGCAUACAUGACCCGGCUGCAGUGGCAAUGUGCAUGGUUUGUGAGAAAUGGUUUUGUAAUGGACGUGGAAGUACAUCCGCCGGUCAUAUAGUUAUACAUUUGGUACGUUCGCAGCAUAAAGAAGUUUCUUUACACAAAGAAGGUGCACUUGGUGAAACAGUACUGGAAUGUUAUCAGUGUGGUUCAAAGAACAUUUUCAUGCUUGGCUAUAUUCCUGCAAAAGCAGACACAGUUGUCGUGGUACUCUGUCGUUCACCUUGUGCAAAUCAAGCUGUUUUAAAGGAUCACUCGUGGCAGGUGGAUGAGUGGAAACCCUUAAUCAGUGAUCGGCAAUUGCUAUCCUGGCUUGUAAAGAUACCAUCUGAGCAGGAACAACUAAGAGCGCGCCAGAUAAGUGCUGUACAAAUCAAUCGACUUGAAGAACUUUGGAAAGAAGAUCCGAAAGCUGUGUUUGAAGAUUUAGAAAGGCCAGGAAUGGAUGAAGAGCCAGAUCAUGUACAACUGAAAUAUGAAGAUGCAUAUCAAUAUAAGCGUAUAUUUGGACCAUUAGUGAAAGCUGAAGCAGAUUACGAUCGAAGAGAAAAAGAAUCUCAAACACAAAAUGUCGGUCAUGUUCGUUGGGAUGUUGGUCUCAACCGGAAACCACAAGCCUUUUUCCAGUUGCCAAAAUUUUCGGAAGGAAGUAUGAAACUGAUGCUUGGAGAUGAAUUGCGUUUAAAGCACUCUCAAACUGCAGGUGGUGAGUGGAGUUCGAUUGGGUGUGUUAUCAAAAUUCCCGACAAUCAUAAUGAUGAGGUUGGGAUCGAAAUGCGUUUGAAAGCAGAGAAUGUACCCACUGACACACGAACAAAUUUUACAUGCGAAUUUGUGUGGAACUCGACAUCAUUUGACAGAAUGCAGUCUGCGCUGUCUUUAUUGGGUCAAGAUGAAGAAUGCGUUUCGCAGUUUAUCUAUCACAAGUUGAUGGGCCACGAUAUUGAUGAUAUUAUUUUUAAAGUAUCGUUGCCGAAAAGAUUUAGCGUACCGGGUUUACCAGAGCUGAACCAUAGUCAAGUGCAUGCAGUCAAAACUGUUUUACAGCGACCGCUAUCACUUAUUCAGGGACCACCUGGAACCGGUAAAACUGUGACAUCCGCUACCAUCGUAUAUCAUCUUGUAAAGCAAACUAAUGGUCAAGUACUUGUAUGUGCGCCAUCCAAUAUUGCAGUUGAUCAGCUGGCUGAGAAAAUACAUCGCACAGGAUUAAAGGUUGUUCGUCUGUGUGCGAAAAGCCGUGAAACGCUUGAUAGUCCUGUUGCCUUUCUCGCGUUACAUAAUCAGCUGAAAGCCUUGCACGGUGCAGCUGAAUUGCAUAAAUUGCAGCAGUUGAAGGAAGAAAUAGGAGAAUUGGCAGAUGUUGAUGAGCGUCGCUUUCGUGCUUUGCGUAUGGCGAAAGAAUGCCAAUUGUUAACCGCUGCUGAUGUUAUCUGCUGUACUUGCGUCUCAGCUGCGGAUAAUCGUCUAGCACAUAUGAGAAUUAAAUGUGUUUUGAUUGACGAAUCAACCCAAGCUACGGAACCUGAAGUAAUGGUAGCUGUUGUUUGUGGUGUUCGGCAAUUGGUACUUGUUGGCGACCAUUGUCAGUUAGGUCCUGUUAUUAUGUGUAAGAAGGCAGCUAAAGCUGGUUUAUCACAAUCACUUUUUGAACGGCUCGUUUUGCUCGGAAAUCGUCCAAUUCGCCUGCAAGUACAAUAUCGUAUGCAUCCUGCGCUUUCUUCAUUCCCGAGCAAUGUUUUCUACGAAGGAAGUUUACAAAAUGGUGUUACGGAAGGGGAGCGACAAUUGAUUGGGAUUGAUUGGCAAUGGCCAGUACCGGAUAAACCAAUGAUGUUCUGGAGUUGCUGUGGCCAAGAGGAGCUUAGCUCGUCAGGCACAUCAUUUCUAAAUAGAACUGAGGCAGCAAACGUUGAGAAAUUAGCCACUCGCUUUCUGAAAGCUGGAAUAAAACCGGAACAAAUUGGUAUCAUCACUCCUUAUGAAGGACAGAGAUCGUACAUUGUGCAGUUCAUGCAAACGCAGGGUGCUUUGCAUAGUAAGCUGUAUCUCGAAAUGGAAGUUGCUAAUGUGGAUGCAUUUCAGGGCCGCGAAAAAGAUAUCAUAAUAGUGACUUGCGUUCGGUCUAAUGAUCAUCAAGGCAUUGGUUUUCUUAACGAUUCCAGACGUUUAAAUGUUGCAUUAACGCGCGCUAAAUUUGGCCUUAUCAUAGUUGGCAACGCAAAAGUAUUAUCGAGACAUCCACUUUGGAAUUAUUUACUAUCAAUGUUUAAAGAAAAAGGUUGUCUCGUCGAAGGUCCUCUGAAUAAUUUGAAACCGUCACCAAUUACGCUUUCUAAACCGCGUCGUGUUCCGAAUGUUAUGAAUAUGAAUCGUUUUAUUCCACGUGGAGCAGUUUUGGCGAGAGAUAUGCAGGGCAGUGCAUUUGGUACUCGUACCCGAGAUUUGCGAUCGAUACAAGACCCAUUCGCAGCCAUUACUCAUGGUCAGUUACGACCUCAGAAUGGGAUCAACAUCCCGGUACCAAUGCAGAUGUUUGUUCAACCACCACCACCACCUCAUUAUUACCAACCUACACCUCAUCCACGUCAUGGCGAUUUGAAUUCUACUGCUGCUACUACGGCACGAAAUCAUAAACAUUUGGAACAGAUGAACAUGUUUAGUUCGCAACAAUCUCAAGAUCCCAUUUUUAUGCAACAAAUCGGCGAGAUGUCAGGUAUAUCGCAGGAUAUAUCAGAUUGGACACAAUCGCAAACGCAGCAUGGUGCUCGUGAAGGAGGUGUUCCAUAUAGCCAGGACCAGUUAUUGGUUAGCCAAAUGGAAUCACUUUUUCUGUCACAAGAUGCAAAUGCGGACAAUUGUAAUUUCGGUGAUAAAGUAGUGUUGAAAAUGGCUAAACGUGGUAUUCGAAACCGAAACAGGAAUAAUGACGCUAUAAAGAAAAAGGGUGAAACGCAGAAUUAUGUGUUAACAGAAUUUGAUAAAACAAACGAAAACUUUUGCUUGUAUUACAAAAGUCAGGGAAUUGUCAAAGAAGAUGAAUGGGAUGCUUUCAUAGCAGCUUUAAAAGACGAUUUACCGACGUCGUUCCGAAUCCAAGGAAGUAGCAGUGAAGCACAAUCUCUGAUCGAAUUAAUGAACACUCGUUAUUUCGAACCUAUGAAACAGUGGGAAGAUGGUAAUAUAUUUGUGCCAAAGCAAAUUCCCUGGUAUCCAUACGCUUUCCAAACUCCUAUAUCGCGUGCCACGCUACGCAGUCGACCGUUGUUGAAGAACUUCCACAAUUUUCUUAUCACGGAAGCUGAACUGGGCAAUAUUAGUCGACAAGAAGCGGUUAGCAUGAUUCCUCCACUUCUGCUUGACAUAAAAUCACAUCACAAGAUUCUCGAUGUCUGUGCAGCACCUGGAAGUAAAACUAUGCAGAUUAUAGAAAUGAUGCAUUGCGAUGACAAAAUUCCUGAAGGCCUCAUUUUGGCGAAUGAUGUUGACAAUUCUCGAUGUUAUUUGCUGGUUCGUCAAGCUUUGAAAAGGAUGCCAACGUCAAAUUGUAUUGUAAUCAAUGAAGAUGCUGCAUUUUUGCCGAAUUUUUCAGUAGAUAAAAACACAUCGGAACCGUUGUUAUUUGAUCGAGUGCUGUGUGAUGUAAUUUGUAGUGGUGACGGAACAUUUCGAAAAAGUCCGGACAUGUGGCGGUCUUGGAAUCCUGUUAAGGCUUUGGGUUUGCACAAGCUGCAAGUCAACAUUGCUCAACGUGCCAUACAGCUGCUUGCGGUGAAUGGUCUUAUGGUAUAUUCAACGUGUUCCUUAAAUCCUAUAGAAAACGAAGCAGUUAUUGCAUCUAUACUACGUUCUAGCGCUGGUGCCAUCGAACUUGUUGAUGUUUCUCAGCAGUUGCCUCAACUGAAGCGAACAUCAGGACUUUCGAAGUGGAGGGUAUUUGAUAAAGCUAUGCGUGAAUAUAGUGUUCUUGAAGAUGUAGUUGCUGACCAAAAACGAUACUUUACUUCAUCGAUGUUCUCCCCAAACGACGAAGAAAUUCAAAAGUUUCGUUUGGAACGCUGUUUUCGGAUAUUGCCACAUAUGCAAAAUACUGGAGGGUUUUUUGUUGCAGUACUGAGGAAAUCAAAAUCUCUUACCCAAUCAAAGCUUGCUUUCAAUUUGCCGUCGGUGAAAAGACGUCGAACAUUUAAGGAAGACCCAUUUGUAUUUCUUGAAAAAGACGAUGCUAGAUGGAAAGAUAUUGCUAGUCAUUAUGGUGUAUCAGAAAUGUUUCCGUACCAAAAUCUUUUGGGGCGAACAACUGAAACAGAUAGAAAACGGACUUUAUAUUUCGUGAAUAGUGCAGUUAAGCAGUUUCUGCUAUGUAAUCAAGAUAAGGUAAAGGUGAUUAAUGCAGGAAUUCGCAUAUUCGGCCGAGUUGAAAGCAAAUAUAAUUUGUGUCGAUUUCGGAUAUUACAAGAUGGUGUCAAAACAAUUUUGCCAUAUUUGAGAAAAAGGACGUUUGAAAUUAGCGUAGAAGAUAUGUGUAAAAUUCUGAAAACUGAAAAUGGAAACGGAAGUUGUCCUAGAGACGAACUGACAUGUGAUGAAAAAUUCCGCAACAUUCCAUCUGGAAGUGUCGUGCUUGUGUCAGAAUAUGAUGGAUUAAAACAAGUUAUUUGUGCGUGGAUGGGAGCCAGAAGUCUUGCGCCAUACGUUAGCAGAGAAGAAAAGAUUCAUGCAUUGCGUAUGCUUAAUUGCGAUACCUCUAAUUUUGAAAGAGUUAUGUGGACGAAACGGCAGUCAAAAGCAGCUUACGAUAGAGAAGAAGCAAAAAAACGCAGAAUUCUAGAAAAAUCAGAUGAAGUGGAAGAAGAAGAAAAGAAAUUAAGCGGUGGCUACUCAGAAAAAAUAAAAGAAACAGAGAAAGAAGGUAAACUAAGCGAUGUUGAACUGAGCAAGAUUGAACAAAGUAUUGAAGAAAUGAAACGAGCAGGAGACGAAUUGUUCAGGAAAUUGACUUUUGGGAUUAGAAAACGACUAGAGCAAAGAAACGAAAAAACCGAUCAUGAUUUAUCGCUCUCACGGAUACUGCCAGAUGAUUGUAAAAGAAGACACAAGCAAAUAAACUACGAAACAAGCAACAGUUUAAUAAUAUCUGAAAAAGAACCUAAAAUUCUUGGAGGACUUGAGAAUGUUUCAAAAAAGAAGAAAAGAUGCAGAAGUCUGGCUAUUAAGAAAGAACAGGUUGCACAUUUGCGCAAAUUAAAUCGUAUAUUCGUUUGGGGCGAUAAUAUUCCUGAUCCUUUGGUACAUUUCACCGAAAUUGAUGAAUUACCGCAAGAACUUAUCAAUAAUUUAAAAGAAUUUGGUAUCACGGAACCAACUCCAAUUCAAAUGCAAGCCAUUCCAUGUUCGUUAAGGAAGCAAAUUCUGUUGAACGAAAAAGCUAUUUUUACAGGUUCUGGAAAAACAUUAGCUUUUGCUCUGCCGAUCAUUUUUGAUGUUGUACGGCGCAAAAGUCAUACUGCACAAGACCAGUUGAAUGCUGUAGUACUUGAACCAACUCAUGAACUUGCUAAACAGACAUACAUUCAAUUCCUGAAAUUUUCUCAUAAUUUAUCCGUUUCGUGUUCUUUUCUGGAAGGAAACGAAAUCCCGGGAAAUGUAAACGUUGUCAUUUCAACACCAAACAAAUUGGUUCAUGCUUUAAAAAAAAACAACAAAAUAUUGUCGGAUGGACUCAAUUGGCUCGUUAUUGAUGAAAGCGAUAGACUUUUCGAUACUACAGAAGGGGAUGACAGAUGCUUCAGGAAUCAGCUUGCCCAGAUAUAUCAAGCAUGUAGUGGAAAUCCUGUGCGUCGUGCCCUUUUUAGUGCAACAUUUUCAUAUGAAGUUGAAGAUUGGUGCAAAAGGAAUCUUUACGAUGUGGCUAUGAUUUGUAUUGGCUCACGAAAUUCGGCGGUUAGCAGCGUGAAACAAGAAUUGAUUUUUGCUGGAUCGGAGCAUGGUAAAAUUAUAGGUCUAAAGGCAUUAUUUCAAAGCAAUUUCGAACCUCCAGCAUUAAUUUUUGUUCAGAGUAAGUUGCGAGCGAGACAACUGGUACCAAUUAUAGAAUCACUUCAGCCGCCAAUCCCGGUAAAAAUGAUUUCAAGUGAAAAAAGCGAGACUGAGCGUGAGUCUGCAAUUGCCGAAUUUCGCAGUGGACAAAUUUGGGUUUUAGUUUGUACAGACUUGAUGGGACGUGGAUUGGAUUUGAGCGGAGUAAAUUUAGUCAUCAACUUCGAUCUUCCAACUUCCAUUAUCAGCUACAUUCAUCGAAUUGGUCGGACAGGACGAGCUGGGCGAAAAGGACAUGCAAUUACAUAUUUUACCGAAAGUGACUUGAACUUUAUCCGUCCAAUAGCAACAGUCAUCAAGCAAGCCGGUUUUGAAGUUCCAGAAUAUACUUUAAGGAUGCGAAAACCAACAAAGAAGGAGAAGAAAAAAUUAUUAAGACACGCUCCAAAACGAAAAAAUAUAGGAUCUUUAAAAAAAGCGGAUAGAAAAAGAAGAAAAGAGAAAAAACCAGGACAGGAAAAGAAGACGGUUGCUUAA